AUGGACUGUGAUAUCUGUCAUCGCAACCAUGAUGCAAAGCGUCUUCCAUUUCUCUGCACUGUGGACGCCAGGAAUGCAAUCUUUGAGGGUCGCAUCGAGAAUGUGCAGCUCCUGAUUAAAAAUGAAAUUCUUCAGCAAGAGAUAAACGACCUAUUGAAUGAGACGAGCACCCCUAGCAAGGAUCGCAAGGAAUCACUGCAAGCGCAGCAGCGGACAGCUGAGGAUAGGACUUCACAGAUUUUGGCCGCUGCAGAUAAACUCAGAAGUGAUAUCAAGGCUGCCAGGGAGGAGAUUCAGGCCCGGAAAGCCGCACUCUCCCGUCGCAAGGCUGAUAUCGCCUCAGUAUCCGAUGGUCUGGCUGAGCGCAGAGUCAGGCGGCAACAGGACGUGGAGAAAGAAAUCGGUAUGUCCAGGUAUAAAUGGUCUCGCGGAGCCGACGAUAUGGCUCGUACACGAUCUUUCCUCUGCAUGGAGGCAGCCCGAUUAUACGGACUCGAACGUGUCAAGGAAGGCUCUUCUGGUAAAUAUGAGUAUUAUCUUGGUGGAAUUCCUGUGGUCGACUUGACGGGAAUGAACUCAUCAACACCGGAGAUGAUAUCUACUUCUCUCAGCCACGUUUGUCACAUCCUUAUGCUUGUAUCACAUUAUCUCUCAAUUCGCCUCCCUGCAGCGAUUACUCUUCCUCAUCGCGACUACCCACGACCAACUAUCUUCAAUUUAUCUGCAUCUUACAGAUCUGGAGAUCCCGUCUUUCCCGGUCAGUCUGGAUUGUCUACUCCCUCUAAUCCUGGGGAUGCAGACUCCCAACGUGUUUCGCGCCCAAGGCCUCUUUAUAUCGAUAAGCCGCUGUCACAACUUGCCAAAGAAGACCCGGCAACAUUUUCUUACUUUAUUGAGGGUGUAACUUUGCUCGCCUAUAACAUCGCAUGGGCUUGCAGUACACAGGGGGUGCCGAUUGGCGACAAGACUUACUUUGAGGAUAUCUGCAACAUGGGCCGCAAUUUGCACAACCUCCUCACAAAUCAGCAAGCUACCGGUGGUAGUCUACUCCCGACCACACCCACCACGAGGGAAUCAGAGGCAUCUAAGGGGGAAGCCGAUGGCCAAGUCAGCCGAAUGGGACAAUAUUCUCAUGGCACCACCUUUUACUACCUAGGAGGCGCAGAGGGCACCGAGUUCAGCAAGACUUUCAAGCUCCCUGGUCCAAUGAAGCUUGCAGAUAAACUUAAAAAGAAGUUACUUAGUGAGGCACCUACGCCGGACUGGGAAGUUUUGGAUGACGAUGCAUGGAAAGUCGAAGAAGAGCCAGCAAACGGAAAUCAACCCAGUAAGGAUACGCUGGCAAUGGGUAAGAACACUCCUCGUCGUGGGGCCAGCGGCUGGAUGAGGGUCAAAAAUAGAUGA